AUGGAUGAGCCAGCACAGGAACCAGACAGUAUGGUUCACAUGAUGACCAGAAAUCGUCCCCAAAAGGGAAAGAAAUCGAAUGUGAAGGGGAAUAGGCUUGUGUGUACUCAUUGUGGAGAGGAGGGACACUCAAAAUCUUGGUGCUAUGAAAUAAUUGGAUAUCCAGAUUGGUGGGACUUCAACAAGAAACCCAGGAAAAAGGUGAGCCAUGCUACAGUAGCCACCUCUCCAGCAAGCGAAACAACAAGCACUCCCAUGGCUGCCCACACGUCUUCAAACACUGAAAGUGAGUUUAAGUGUAGAGUGUCUGAACUAGCGAAAAACACAAAAGUUUCAUAUGUUCCAAGCAUUAAUAAUAGCUCAAUUCCUUUUGUGACAUUCAUUGAUGAAUAUAAUGGAGGGGAGAAUUUCAAUAACCAAAUGAAACAAUUAUGUAGAGGAAAUAAUAUUAAACAUCAAACCUCGUGUGUAAGGACACCACAACAGAAUGGACUUGCUGAAAGACGAAAUAGACAGAUUUUGGAAAUAGUAAGAGCAUCCUUGUUUUUCAUGAAAGUCAAAAGAGAAUAUUGGGGAGAAGCUGUUAGGUCUGCAGCCUAUCUGAUGUACAAAACACCUUCCAGUGUGAUAGACUUCAAGACUCCAUUACAAAAGGUCCAAGAAUUAUCAGACUUACCAGUUAACUAUGGCAUGGAACCACGAGGGGAGAUAAGAGAUGAAGCUGCCACACCCAACAAAAUAUUGGAACCAGAUGAAGAUAAUUGGCUGGUUGUUGACAGCAACCUAACAGGCAUCCACGAAGAGGGGUCUGAUCUGAACUUCAGAGAUGAAGGGAAUUAUGAAGAAGAAGAUAACAGUUCUGAAAAGUUUGAAGUCCAGGAGUCGAAUGUGCUUGACCUACAAGAUGAGAGCCUAGAUGUUAAACAAGAUAGUACAGACCCAAUUCAAGUCGAAGAAGUCAAUAGUGAUGGCGUAUAUGGAUAA